UUCUUUCCCAAAAUGAUUUAAAUAUAAACCUAUUUCCCCAUCUAUGUUUGCACUGUCAUCCAGUAAUUGCUGGUGCUUUUACAAUUCACGGACACAUGAAAAUCUUCGACACCCCCAGCAACUCCAGCACCUUCACUGGCUUCAUCCUCCUGGGCUUCCCUUGCCCCAGGGAGGGACAGAUCCUCCUCUUUGUGCUCUUCACUGUUGUAUACCUCCUGACCCUCACGGGCAAUGGUUCCAUCAUCUGUGCUGUGCACUGGGAUCAGAGACUCCACAUCCCCAUGUACAUCCUGCUCGCCAACUUCUCCUUCCUGGAGAUCUGGUAUGUCACCUCCACAGUCCCCCACAUGCUGGCCAACUUCCUCUCUGACACCAAGGUCAUCUCCUUCUCUGGGUGCUUCCUCCAGUUCUACUUUUUCUUCUCCUUGGGUUCUACAGAAUGCUUUUUCCUGGCAGUUAUGGCAUUUGAUCGAUACCUUGCCAUCUGCCGGCCUCUACACUAUCCAACCAUUAUGACCAGACGUCUCUGCACCAAUCUUGUGAUCAAUUGCUGGGUACUUGGUUUCAUCUGGUUCUUGAUUCCUAUUGUCAUCAUCUCCCAAAUGUCCUUCUGUGGACCUAGGAUUAUUAACCACUUCCUAUGUGACCCAGCUCCUCUUCUAACACUCACUUGCAAAAAAGACCCUGUGAUAGAACUUAUCUUUUCUGCCUUAUGUCCUCUGCCUGUCUUUGUGCUCUUUCUGUUCAUCGUGGGGUCCUAUGCUCUGGUUGUGAGAGCUGUGUUGACAGUCCCUUCAGCAGCUGGGAGAAGAAAGGCUUUCUCCACCUGUGGGUCUCACCUGACUGUGGUUUCACUGUUCUACGGCUCAGUAAUAGUCAUGUAUGGGAGCCCACCAUCUAAAAAUGAAGCUGGAAAGCAGAAGAUUGUGACUCUGUUUUAUUCUGUUGUUACCCCACUCCUUAACCCUGUGAUAUAUAGUCUUAGGAACAAAGAUAUGAAAAAAUCUCUGAAGAAAUUAUGGGGAACAUAA